AUGGUGAGUGAGGUGAACGAUUCCGGCAUUGUGUCCCUGAAUGUUGGGGGGCAGCACUUCGCCACGCGGUUGGAAACGCUGCGCAAGUACCCGCACUCCGUGCUCGGGCAAAUGUUCACGAAGCCGAUUGCCGCCCCCAGGGACCACAGAGAUGGUAGCUACUUCCUCGACCGAAACGGCUCCGUGUUCGGCUUCAUCCUCGACUACCUGCGCACAGGCACGCUUGUGGUUCCGCGCGACCCUGUCACGUACACGAUCUUGCGUCGCGAGAUCGGCUUCUGUGGCCUUCCUGUGUACUCACAGCUGGCGCCGGUUUAUCCCGCCGCGUGGGAGGUGGCGCCUGCGCGGUACCGCCACGCCCGCAUCACGGUGGAGGAGCUCGAGAAGCACAUUGAGUGGGAAGAGGGCUCCCUGCCCGCAGAACUCACUCUGCGGUCGCUGGCAGAAAUUGUAGACUUCUUCAGCCAGCGCGGGUACAAGAUCGCGUCAGAAUACACGCACCGCGGCACAAAGGGUCUGACGUCUGUAUGGAUGAGCAAGAAGGAGCGCUUCCCUGGUGCGGAUGUGGCUCUUGAGGUCACUGACGCACCGAAGAGGCAAGGGUGA